UGACAGGAAAAGUGCCUCCUAUGUUAAUAUAACCUUGACUGAAGGCAUCCAUUUUCUUUAAUGAGAAUAUCAAGAAACACACAUUGCCGGAUUGAACUUCAGCUGUAUAUUGUUAGGUUCGUCCGUGAGAUUAUUUGCUAAGGCGGGAGACAUGAAGCAGCCGUCCGUCUUUCCCUCGUCCAUGUCUGGCAGGACGCUCCGGAAGUUCUGCUUGUUCGUUUUCCUGGUUAUUCCGAUGGCCAUCAUUUCACUUAAUAUCAGUCAGAUAGGUUACAGUGGUGAAGCAGUAUCUCGUCUAAAGAUACCCCAAGUUCCCUCCAGUGGGAGAAGGCAGCUGGCAGGCUACAGUCCUCACGGUGUAGUAUACAAAGACACGCGAUGGGCAGCUGAUAUAGAGAGAAUUUCCUACACCUCCAUCAACAUGACAACUAUGGAGACGCUCUUGCUAAGCCGCCGUCAGCUUGUCCUUGACAAGUGCAAAAAAGUUCUAAUUUUAUCCGAACAGACGCAGCCUAUAAAUAGUAAGGAAUUCCUUAUUAGUGAAAAAUACAAGUUAGUCUGGUGUAACGUUUUCAAAGCUGCUUCGUCAUCUUGGGUCUAUAACUUCAUGCUCAUGGCUGGAUAUUCAGAUAAAGAGAUGAGAAAACAAAAUGCGUCGCCUAUUGAGUUCGCCAGAAUGGAAUACAAGAGACCUUCUGUCGAGGAACUGAAUUCUUUCCUGGAGAGGGAAGACUUUUCCUCCUUUAUCAUCGUUCGGGAUCCUUUCGAGAGACUCCUCUCAGCCUACAGGGACAAGAUUGAAUCUCAACAACAGGCUUUCUACAGACCGCUACGAUGCCACAUCCAGAAGACAUACGGCAGCCUGCGCGGAACAUCGCGUGACUGCAGACCUUCCUUCUCAGAAUUCGUUGACUACAUCAUAGACGAACAUGUUAAUGGAAAACCACCAAACGAGCACUGGGCACCAUAUUACACAUUCUGUUCGCCUUGUCAAACCAAGUUCGAUUACAUCCUGCACUUCGAAACGCUUGAUCAGGACGAAGCCUUCCUCGUGAAGAAGAUCGAGGACCUUUCUUCAGUGGUGAAACCUCAUAAACUGCAUUCCUCUCACACCGAAUACUCCACAAUCACAGCAUUCUACUUUGGACAGCUCACCGAAGAGCAAAAGAAGCAAUUAUACUCCAUCUACGAAAAGGACUUCGAGAUUUUCGACUACGAUGGAAAAAUAUACCUUUAAAUACUGAUAUAUCAUGUGGAAGCACGAAGUCCACAGCAACCGUUUAGGAAAAAAACCGUGAAUUUACUGAACGAUUUUUAGUAUUGAUGGAGGCUACUCAAAUUCAUCUUCAUCGCUGUUUGUAUCGAUUAUAUGUAUCUACAUAAUUGUACAGCUCAUAAGUAUUGUUGUUCCUGAUUUUUAAGAUUCCGGCGUUAUAGUUGUAGACAGAUCGCGAAAAAUAAAGUCAUAUUAAGUA